UUUAGCCGCAUUAGCAUUAGCUUCUCUCAGGGAAACAGAAAGUGCUGUAAGCUAGCGCUCGCGGAGCAAUAAAACCGGGCAGUCCGCUCUCACACCGCAUUUAUACACACACUCACACACACGGGGGUUAUGGCGUUAAAAAGAAUACAGAAGGAGCUUCAAGACUUGCAAAGGGACCCUCCUGCACAGUGCUCUGCUGGACCAGUGGGUGAUGACUUGUUUCACUGGCAGGCAACAAUUAUGGGACCAAGUGAUAGUCCGUACCAAGGAGGGGUCUUCUUCCUCACUAUCCACUUUCCCACAGACUACCCCUUCAAGCCACCAAAGGUAGCAUUUACGACAAAAAUUUAUCAUCCCAACAUAAACAGUAAUGGAAGUAUUUGCUUGGACAUCUUGCGGUCACAGUGGUCCCCAGCCCUAACAGUUUCAAAAGUUCUAUUGUCCAUAUGCUCAUUGCUGUGUGACCCAAACCCUGACGACCCCCUAGUCCCAGACAUAGCACACAUCUACAAGUCAGACAAAGAAAAAUACAACAGACUAGCAAGAGAAUGGACCCAAAAGUAUGCAAUGUGAAGACUUAAUGGACAUUUUUUAAAGUCACAAAUCACUGUAAAUUCUAGUAUCUAAAAAGUACUUAGGUUAUAUUAUUAAACACAUUCUACUAUUAACAUUUACCAUCUUCAAUGACCAAUAAUAAUAGCUGAACUAGUAUUUUGAAAGGGGGGCUGACGAAAUGGAGUGGUUCCUAAUUUGGUGCGUUUGGUCAUCCCCACCCUCCCCCACCCUUCCCCCCCCCCCAAAACGGUGUUGGGCACUUUGUGUUUUCUUGUUCUAUAAAUCAUAUUUAAGAUUGGCAUGGAUUAUGCAGCUGCAGUGAGCCCAGGAGAGGGAAAUUGUGGAAUUAAAACAGUUUUAUUGUAUCUCUCUUUUAAUUGAUUGUUUUUCUUUAGAUAUUUUUAUUGUAUAGUUAAAACAACUAUACUUGAUCUAUUUUUUCCUUUUUUUUAUUUUUCAUUAAAAUUUGUUGAAAAAGCA